AUGUGGGACAGCUUGGGACAUAGUGUGGACAGUCUUGAAAUGCUUGGGACAUGGAAAAUGGACAACACUGUCAACAGGUGGAAUACCCGAAGUAGUUUUAAAAAGAAGUUAGAUAUUUUGCUACUUUCACGAAAAUGUACGAGACAAAUUUCACAUAAUGCUUUGAGUGCUGAUUUACAAAUUUUGAUUCGGAAACUAAAACCUGGAACAAGAGCAAGAUGGAAAACAUUAGCAAUGCAACGUGACCUAGGCAAAGAAGAGCAUUCAAACUUAUGUACACUACGACAUGCACCGCUGUGUGCUACGCCACUCACUGCUGGUGUUGGAAAAGAAGAGUGUCUGGUCUUUACAUCACUGCAACGUGCAUAUUUUUUAAGAGCUCCUAGCAUGUGCUCACUAUGGUUUGUGUUAUCUCCUAUGACUUAG